AUGAUGAGCUCGACGAAUGAAGAGGAUCCCUUCCUCCAGGUUCAAGCAGACGUCCUAACCCAACUCCGCGCCACUCGCCCCCUCUUCACCUCGUACCUACGCAUCCGAUCCCUGACCACCACAACCUCAUCCCCCGAACUAGCAUCGGCGCGCACCGACCUAGAAUCCUCCCUCAGCGCCCUAGCAGACGACCUCGCCGACCUAGUCGAGAGCGUGCAAGCCGUGCAGAGCGACCCGUACAAGUACGGGCUCGAGAUCGAGGAAGUGAGUCGGCGCCAGCGACUAUGCGAGGAAGUAGGUGGCGAGGUGGAGGAUAUGAAAGAAGAACUGAGCAAGAGCACGAAUAAAAACGGAGUAAUAUUUGAUGCUGCGGAUCCGGAGGGGCGAGAGGAUAACUACGCCGAGUUCGAACAGCAGCAGCAAGUCCACAUGAUGGCCGAACAGGACACGCAGCUAGAUAGUGUGUUUCAUACCGUGGGGAAUCUGAGGCAGCAGGCUAGUGAUAUGGGCCGGGAACUCGAGGAGCAGGCUGAGAUACUGGAUACGACGGAUGUGCUGGCAGAUCGCGUGGGCGGGAGACUAGGGACGGGUAUGAAGAAGAUGGGCGAGGUGGUGAGGAGGAAUGAGGAUGGGCUGAGUAGUUGUUGUAUUGGGGUCUUGAUAUUUGUAUUGAUACUAUUAUUGGUUUUAGUUCUUGUCUUAUAA